GUCCACGGCAUGUGACCUAAUGGAUGUCAUAUGAAAAACACUGUUAAAGAAGCGGAGCUGUGAAGGAAUGGAGAGGACAGCUUCUUCUUAAACGGCAAGUGGUUGUAACGUAUGGGACCUGCCCUUAGUACACACUGGUCAGGGCAGAGCAGUGACCUCCCAGCCCACUAUCACAACUACUAUGGAGCGCCCCAGUAGUGUUUUCGACUUGGACUACUCAUCCUGGGAGAUGCGACUGCAGGUCAUCAGCCUGGGCUUCCUCUUCUACAGCCUCUUCUUCCUCAUCUGUCACAUACUCUCUGCAAUAUUCUGCCUCACCUACCGUGUUCUCCCCGCUAAAGAAAAAGUGUUCUGGGACCUGGCAGCCACACGGGCACUCUUUGGCGUUCAGAGCACUGUGGCUGGUCUGCAGGCGCUCACCGAGGACGGCGCUUUGUUUGCCGAUAAGGUGAAUGGUCAGACAGGAUGGUCGUGGUUUAACGUGUUGACAGCGGUGGGCUUCUUCCUGUUUGAAAAUGUGGCCCUGCAUGGCUCUAGCUUGGUCUUCCGCUCCUUUGACCUGCCGCUGGCCGCCCACCACGCCUUUGCACUGGCUGGAUUCGCUGGGGCUGUGGUGUGGAACACUGUGGGUCACUUCCUGCCCAUGAUCACCUUGCUGCUGGAGAUGAGCACGCCCUUCACCUGCAUCUCCUGGAUGCUACUUAAGGCUGGAUGGUCUCAGACUCUGUUCUGGAAGGCUAACCAGUGGCUCAUGAUCCACAUGUUUCACUGCCGGAUGGUGCUGACCUACUAUAUGUGGUGGUUGAGCUGGAGCCACUGGACUGAACUGAGCAUUUCUGUGCCUCUGCCUCAGCGGCUGGUCUUCUUCACCGGCCUCGCUCUCCUCACUGUUCUCAUUAACCCCAUAUGGACGCACAAGAAGACCAUGCAGCUGCUCAACCCGGUGGACUGGAACUUCAGCAACAAGCCUGCGCCUGAGAACGGGCCCAAAGCAAAGAAAGCCCACGCCAGCUGAUCUGUACAAAGGGCUGUUAUGUUUAGUCUUUGCUGAAGACGCUCAGAUGUACCUGACUGGCUGAAGGGUGAUGGGACAGUUGGGACAGUUUAGUACUAAAGAAUUGGACUUGCUGACUUAUUUCAAGGUGGUUAUGGUUGGAGAUAUAGUUUUUGGUACUGGUACUUGAUCUUCUGAGAGCAAAAGAUUUUUGCUAUUUUUUCUUCUGAAUGCAGGUUGCUAUUUUGGUAGAGGUAUGAUUAUAUUAUAAUAUUUAAAUUACCUAAAGUUACUUAAGUUACCUACCUAUCUACCUACCCACCCACCCUUCCUACCCAAUCUGUCUGUCUGUCUGCCCUCCCUUCUCGCCCUCCCUUCUCGCCCUCCCUUCUCGCCCUCCCUUCUCGCCCGCCCUUCUCGCCCGCCCUUCUCGCCCGCCCUUCUCGCCCGCCCUUCUCGCCCACCUAUCCAGCCUACUCUCAUUUCUUUAUUAUUUAAUUAACAUUUCUUCUCAAGUAUUCAGUUAGCUUGACUUACGUUACAAUCUUAAAAAAAAAAAGAUUGCACUUUAAGGGUUCUAGUGAAGAAAAUGGUUCUAUAUCGAACCAUGAUCAG